AUGGUCGAUGCGAGAAGGACGUGGUUGUCGUUCGCAAGGCUGUUCAGUAGCUACAUCGCGAGGAGAGGAAAAGAGGUGGCUGCCGGCGGUGAGGGAGAAGGCAGCAGCAGCGCCUAUCUUGUCCAGCGGCGGCAUCAUGAGGAGGACGAGGGGAGCAGAUGGCGGCGAACCGCCCGGUGGCCACGUCGCAAGGAGAAGGAGGACGAGAAGGCUGUCGUCGCUACGAGGAGGAGGAAGAAGCGCUGCGAGGAGGAGGAAGAAGAGAGGGUUGUCGUCGCUAUGGCCGGCGCUGCGAGGAGGAAGGAGCGCUGCCAGGAGGAGGAAGAAGAGAGGUCUGUUGCCGGCGUUGUGAGGGUGGCGGCGAGAGAGAGGGAGCGGCACAGUGAGGAGAGGGAGAGGGAGAGGGAAAAUGUUCCUAUUGGCGGCGGAGAGAAAGAGAAGGAGAGGGAGGAGUGGUGGAGGCCAACGACCGCGCGUCGGCGCCGGCGAGGGUGUCACCGGAGGGAGGAAGAAGGAUCUCUUCCUUCUGUUGGCAACGGACUCCCAAAACACGCACGAACAAAACUCCCCCCUCCCUUUGCUACAGUGUCACACCUAAAACCCCAAAACUCCACACAUGUCAAAAGACAAAAUUGCCCCUCCUCCCCAUCAUAA